ACUCCUACCAGAGUUAUCCAGCAUCCCUCAGCAAGUGAGACUAUUAACUAUGAUGUUAAGGCUUUCGGAUCCUCUCUGCCUGUUAAGGUUAUGGAAGCCCUGAAGAAGGCUGAUGCUGAUGACCAGCUGAGCGUUCAAGUGGAUGAAAGCGGAUGGGCCUGGCUAGUCCAUAAGGAGAGGCUGAUUAUUUGGAAGAUUGGUCAGUCUGCAGUAGCUAAGUUAUCUCUGUGCAAAGAACUGCAGCUGCCACCCAGUGACUUCCAGUGGAGUUCUAGCUUAGCAGCUAUAUCUUGUCUCAGUUCCUCAGGUGAAGCACCUUCUCUGCAGUCUCUGGCAAUAAUGGUUGCUACCAGCGAAGGUUCUGUGCGCUACUGGCCCAAUCUUGCACAUGAAGGUUCCUAUACAGAGACUUCUACAGACUUUGGAGGCUCUCUGUGCAGUUUCUUAACAGCAGUAAAGGGAGGAAGCUUUAUUUUAUCGUCUUCCAGAGGCCAGCUAGUUCGAUUGAUACCGGAUAGUUCUGGCAAGAUUCAUCAGCAUGCCCUGCCACAGGGCCAGGGCAUGUUUUCUGGAAUUGGUAGAAAGGUUUCUUCUCUUCUAGGUAUAUUGUCUCCUGGACAUGAUGCUGUGAUUUCUAGUGUUCUUUGGGAUAAAGAGAGAUCAAGCUUUUAUAUGCUAACAAGUUCAAAUCUAUAUAAAUGGGAAAUUGAUGAUUCAUCAGAACGUUAUAUUCUCAGCUGGGAUAUCAACAGGAUCCUGAAAGAACAUAUUACAGAUGCAAUUUGGGGUUCUGAAAGUAACUAUGAAGAUAUUAAAGGAGGAGUAAAUAUACAAUACAUGGAUUUGCAACAGAAUCGCGAUGGACUGGUGAUACUUGCUGCAGCAUGGCAUCCUGGAGAUCGUCCGUGUCUUGUCUACUACACUCUGAUAACAGUAGAAGAUAAAGGCUACCAGAUGUCUGAUGAUGUUGUUGUGGAGGUCACACAGUAUAAUCCAUCUUUUCAGUCAGAAGAGGAAGCGUUGUGCUGUCUGGUAGUCCCAGAUUACUUUAGCCAUGCUGCUUACCUCUAUAAGGAAGAUGAAGUGUUUGCUUGUUCCACCGGAACUGGAAGAAUUUCUUUACCACAGGAGAAAAUCAUAUUUGGCAUACAAGGAGAUAGCAUUUUAGGAGCAGGUUCCUGUAUUAGCCUUCCUAUCUUCUUUACCAAAAAAAGUGGACUUCUCACCAUCUUGUCCAGGGAAAACAUUUCUGUGCUUCCUGAAGACCUGGAAGAAUCCCUGUCCUCUUCUGUUGCUGGACCAAGAAGUGAGAGUCCUGCGUUUGAUGCAACCAGUAGGCUUGAAAUUACAGCUCAAGAAGAUAAGGCUAAAUUACUGAAAGCUGCUUUUCUACAGUACUGCAGGAAAGAUGUCAUCAAUGCACAAAGCAUGGUAGUUGAGCUCUUUCCAAGUAAUGCAGAUCUGGAUUCUGAUGCUGAACUGGAUAGGGCAGUGACUCGGAUCAGUGUGGACUUAAUGGAUGAUUAUCCUGCCUCUGAUCCAAGAUGGGCUGAAUCUGUACCUGAAGAAGCAGCUGGUUUCACCAACACAUCUCUCAUUCUUCUUCAUCAGCUAGAGGAUAAAACAAAAGCACAUUCCUUCUUCAUUGAGUUUCUUCAUCAGGUUGGUGUGUUUGAACGUCUGGGCAGUUUUCCAGUACGAGGGAUGCCAAUGGCAACUCGGUUGUUGCUCUGUGAGCACGCAGAGAAGCUAGCAGCAGCUAUUGUUCUCAAGAAUCACCACUCGAGGCUGCCCGAUCUAGUGAAUGCUGCUAUACUGAUCGCAUUAAACAAAAGAGAAUGUGAUGUUCCACCAAGUCUUACCGCUGCAGAUGUGUUCUUUCGAGAGGUGUCCCAGAUAGAUUCCAUCUUUGAAUGCUUACUAGAAGAAGAGGAACAAAUCCUGAAAGAUAUGCCUAUGGAAUCAAUUGAGUGGGCCCAGAUAGUUGUCAAUGUGAACAUCAUCAUUAAGGACAUGCUACAAGCUGCCUGUCAGUAUCGUCAAUCUAGAGCCUCCUUAUAUAAAACAGGAGAGCUUCCAGAAGGAGAACCGGAAUAUAUUCCAUGGACAGCAUCUAGUGGCAUUCGUACAGCAAUAAUGCGUCAGCAUGGAAUCAUUCUGAAGAUAGUGUAUCCCCAGGUGGACAGUAACCUCCGUAGCAUUGUGGCUGAACAGUUGGUGGCACUACUGGAUUGUCUUCUAGAUGGCUAUGUUUCUCAGCUGAAAUCCGUGGACCGCCCUGCUGAUCAGGAGAGAUACAGCACUGUGGAAAUGGAAUAUGUGCAGAAAAGAUCGGAACUCUUGUCUCCUCUUCUUUCCCUGGGACAGUAUCAGAUGGCAGCUGCUUUAGCAGAGAAGUACUGUGACUUUGAUAUCCUGGUGCAAAUGUGUGAGCAGACAGACAACCAGGCCAGGUUACAACGUUACAUGAGUCAGUUUGCAGAUCAGAAUUUUUCAGAUUUCCUGUUUCGCUGGUAUUUAGAGAAAGGAAAGCGAGGGAAGCUGUUAUCUCAGCCUAUUGCUCAGCACGGACAGCUGGCCAGUUUCUUGCAAGCUCAUGAGCAUCUGAGCUGGUUACAUGAGAUCAAUAGUCAGGAUUUGCAAAAGGCUCACAGAACAUUGCAGACUUUAGCAAAUAUGGAGACCCGAUAUUUUGCAAAGAAGAAAACACUUCUUGGCUUGAGCAAAUUAGCUGCACUGGCAUCUGACUUCUCAGAAGAUAUACUGCAAGAGAAAAUAGAAGAAAUAUCAGAACAGGAACGCUUUCUGUUACAUCAGGAGACGCUCCCUGAACAAUUGCUGGCAGAGAAACAGUUGAACCUCAAUGAUAUGCCAGUGUUGUCUGCAUCUCAGCUCAUUGAUAUGUACAUAUGUGACGAGAACAGAAGGGCCAAUGAGUAUGACUUCAAGAAAGCACUUGAUCUACUGGAAUAUAUUGAUGAGGAAGAGGAAGUGGAUGUAAAUGAUCUUAAACUUAAAAUUCUCUGUAAGGCUCUGCAAAGAGAUGGAUGGUCCAGUUCAGAUGGUAAAGAUGAUCCAAUUGAAGUAUCUAAAGAUAGUAUAUUUGUGAAAGUAUUACAGAAACUAUUGAAAGAAGGAGUUCAGUUAAGUGAGUAUUUACCAGAGGUGAAGGACUUGCUGCAAGCGAACGAACUUGGCAACUUGAAAUGUUGUGCUUACUUCGAAUUUGUGUUAAAGGCAAUCUACGAACUCUAUGUUCAGGGACAAGCAUGAUUCUCACUAUUUUUUAAAAUAUUUUUUCUAAAGAACUGUUAAAUUCAUGUAUACUUUUGUUACGUUCUG